CAUUUGAAACACAAAACUUAGCCUCUAAAACCAAAUAUAUUCACGUUAACAAUGGAAAACAGCAAGUGGUUAGCUACAGUGGCUAGCAUAUGGAUACAGUGCACCUCCGGUGCCACGUACACCUUCGGAAUAUAUUCAUCCGCCCUCAAAUCUAGUCAGGGUUAUGAUCAAUCCACUCUAGACACCGUAUCCGUCUUCAAGGACAUCGGCGCCAAUAUAGGAAUUUUAUCCGGUCUACUCUACAGUGUUGUAACCUCAUCAUCUCGUUUCGGGUCUGGACUUUGGCUAGUCUACUUGGUAGGAGCGGUUCAACUCUUUGCAGGUUACUUCCUAAUGUGGUUGUCUGUGACCGGAGUCAUUGACAGGCCCCAGGUGUGGCUCAUGUGCCUCUUCAUGUUCAUGGCAGCACACGCUCAGACUUUCUUCAACACUGCUAAUGUCAUUGUUGCCGUUCGUAACUUUCCAGAUUACAGUGGAACCAGCAUUGGUAUUAUGAAGGGUUUUUUGGGACUGAGUGGAGCAAUAUUGAUUCAAAUAUACCACACGUUAUUUGACGGCAAACCAACCACCUACUUACUCAUACUUGCUGUGUUUCCAACACUUGUAUCUCUCGCAGUCAUGCCUUUCAUUCAUGCAAACUCUUCAAACACGAACAAUGACAAACCUCACUUGAAUCGCUUUUCGUUGAUAGCGCUCAUUAUCGCCGCAUAUCUAAUGAUUAUAAUAAUCUUUCAAAACAUCUUCACAUUCCCAACAUGGGCUCAUAUUCUUACAACAACUAUUCUUGUGAUUAUGGCAUUGUCACCUCUUCAAGUAGCCUUCACAGCUCAAAGAAGCGAACAACGAUCACCAUCCCCUGUCAUGGCCCCAUUGAUCACGACUUUAGAGGAUCAAAAUGAAGUUGAAAUGAAUCUGUUACAGGCAAUGAGCACAAUCAACUUUUGGUUGUUGUUUCUAGCCAUGGUUUGUAUAAUGGGGUCAGCUUUAGCAACAAUCAACAACAUAACGCAAAUAGGCGAGUCUUUUGACUACUCAACAGUUGAGAUCAACGCGAUGGUUUCUCUAUGGAGCAUAUGGAACUUUCUUGGUCGGUUUGGUGGUGGAUAUGUGUCUGAUUGGUUUUUGCAUAGAUACGGCUGGGGGAGGCCGUUAUUUAUCUGCCUUACACAACUAGUGAUGGUCGCAAGCUAUUUAAUCAUUGGUUUAAGUGGGAAUUUGUACAUUGGUUUAGUGAUUGCCGGUGUUUGCUACGGAUCACAAUGGUCUCUAAUGCCUGCAAUCACUUCGGAAAUAUUUGGGGUGAAACAUAUGGGGACUAUUUUCAACACUAUUGCUGCGGCCAACCCUAUGGGUUCGUAUAUAUUUUCUGUGCAAGUGAUUGGCAAAAUAUAUGAUAAGGAAGCACACGCAACAGGGGGGUUGUGCCACGGGCUUCAUUGCUUUAUGCUUUCAUAUCUAAUAUUUGCUUGGGUUUGUGCUUUCGGGGUCCUUUUUUCCUUCAUCUUGUUUCUUCGGACAAGAGGGUUUUAUGCUUCGAUUUUGCAGAGACGAUUGAAGCAACUACAUGCGUAGUGAAAUAUAUUCUUUUGACUAAUUUUGGAGUAUAUAUGAUAAGUAUGGGUUUACGUUUCUGUUUCUGUUAAGAGUUCUAUAACGAGAUAAGAUGUAUUCAAUUUA